AUGACAUUGAAAGUAGACGCUGCAACAUUCUCAUUAUUUUUACUUGCAGAAUUCUUCAUACGGAAUUCAUUCGAACAAUUCUGUAUUAAUUAUUGUAAUGAGAAACAAAAUUUUUUCAAUGACCGAAUUUCAAAAUGGGAACAAGACUUAUAUGUAAAAGAGAGGUUGAAUGUCGCAUACAUUGAUUACAACGAUAAUGAUGACUGCAUUGAUUUGUUCGAGAGGAAAGUAAAUGGAUUAUUGGAUUUGUUGGAUGAGGAAGCACGUCUACCGAAAUCUUCACCUCACUAUUUUGGUAUUUGCGCUCAUCAGCAAUUCAAAAAUCAUUUCUACUUGACAGUUAUUUUCAAUAUUAUUAUAAUGCAACUAUUAUAA